AUGUGGAAGCGACCGCUACGUGACGUUGUGAUGCGAUGCCAUGUGAGUAACUUGCGUAUAUCGAGUGUCAUGACACGUCAAGCAGUCGAAGAAAUGGCACGAAGAUGGCAACUUCCACUCGCAUCUGAAGGAACAAAGCUAUGGGCCGAGUACAUGGCAGGGACGACGAUGCUCAGCUCUUUUUUUAAAGGUGAGGAACGUGUCAAGAUGAUGGUCAAGACGCCUAAUAUCCAAGAGCUUUACGUGGAGGCAAUGGCUGUUGGAGAAGUACGAGGUAAAGCUGUCUACGUGGAUCAUUCUCUUGCUGGUGCAGUGGAAACUGGAGGAUUCAUGCACAUUUCAAAGAUCCUGUACGGAGCAGCAAAGCCAUACAAUACAUCAAUUGAAGCUUCUGGAGUGCCUGAACUAGACUGGCAGAGGUUUUUUGACGUCUCAGAGCAGAUCCCGACCAUUGUACGCAUCGAUAGCGAAGCCGACCAAGACCAUACUCGUAGUUGUGGCCUUAUCGUUCAGAAAAUGCCCUUAGCAGAAGGACAGGAGCGCCAUUACGAGCUCGACGAAUUGGCUUUUGAUAAGCUACCGUUUGUAGCUACGGAGUUGAAGAAAAGCACAGACUUGCUGGAAUAUGUAAACGAAUUGAUACCAGGUGCUGACAUUACAGAGAAGAAUUGCAAGCGAGUGCCAUUGGAUUACUUUUGCCGCUGUUCGAAGAGCAACUACGCACAACGUCUUAGGAGUAUGGGUACUACUGAUCUAAAGCAGAUUGCUGCAGACGUAGGAAACGCUGGCGUAGAGCUCACUUGUCAUUUCUGUAAUGACGCACACCAUUUUUCUGCUGUCGAUUUGGAAACUCUGAUCAAGUAA